UGGCUGUUACAGCUGUCAAAAAUUUUAAUUUCAUAUUUCUUAAUAAAAAGUCUUUUUGAUACAUAUGUAUGACAAAGUACAUACAAAUUCAAUUAAAAAAAAUAUAUAUAUCUGUUAUCAGACCCAAGGCAACGAAGGACCCCUUCUAUAUUUCGCGAUAUUAUUGGAUACUCAAUAAAUAAAUUAUAAAUCCAAUCCGGUAGAUAAAACUGUCAACCUUAGGAUGUUAUAUUCAACUCUGGGUUCUUUUUUCCUGCUGUCGUGAAAUAAAAGUUUAAGAUGUUGAGAGAUUAUUUCUUAGUAAGAAUUAUAUUAACCGAAAUUUCGGUCAACCAUUUGAAGACCUUUGUUAUUACACAGUUUUGCAUUCGGUCAAAUCGGAAAAUAGUCAAUCAAUAGCCAGUGUCAAGUCUUCAUGAGAGAAUUAUUUAGAAUGAGAAACCACAACAGACAAUUGCACAAUUGUCAGUGUCAGACUUUUGCCACCUCUCCAUUGGUACGGCACCGUGAGUUUCAAUUGCGAAAUGUAAUUGGAUUAGGCAGCAACCAAGUCCGAGACCCAGUCUCAGUCUCGGUCUCAAUUGCAACGGGAACACUCGUAGUGCUCCAGAUUGCCUCAAAUCCGUGGUCAGAGCUGUAGGAUUGCAAUUGCAUAAUCUGGAGACAUGAGCAGGGCCAACAACUCAAAAAUCGUUUUCAAGCGGAAAACGAGCAUCGGAAGCAAGAGUAACCAGCUAAUCGACUAUGAACGUAUCCAGGGGGAAUUGGAAGCGGUGGCUCCGACAGCGUCGCCUCCACCAGUUCUACCAUCCAAUGGUGGCCAGGGAAAACUCUUGUUAAAACUGAGCUCGGCCAAGAUUUCCCUUCGCCAGAAAUCGCAGAUUCCGCAGAAUAAUCUUCAAGCUGCUUCCGUGCCAGAUGCAGUGCGUCGUAAAUCGGCACCACAGCUCUUUACCUUUACCAUUGCACCAAAACUGGAAGGAAAUUCGGAUGUGCAACCUCCAUUAGUGCCCAAACUGCCCGUUUUCGCACCAAACAGCUUCAUUCGACGGUCAAGGACUUUGGGUUUGUCAAAUGGCGCCCAAGCUGGAACAUCUGGUUUACCCGGGGAAGACUUUGGAUUGCAGGACAAGGACAGUGGCAGUGAGCCCAGCAGCAGCUUAGCUGGAGGUGGAAGUUCCACUUCACCUGAAUCCUUACUAGAUAAUAUUCUCAGUGGCGCGUCCUCCGUUUCCGUCCAAAGUAGCAGCAGCAGUCAGGUGAGCAAUGCCACGGUGGCACAGCCCAUCAAAGCCAAGGAGCAACUGCAUCCGAAAAGGCUGUUAAGCUUGAAGGCUUCGCCGGAGUUGAGGAUCUCGCCUCCCACACCAGACUCUAACCAACCCAAGCUGCAGAUGCUACCCCAACUUCUGCUGGCAGCGUCAGCAAGGCCAGAGAUCUUCGAUGCACCAUCGCCCCUGGUCAGAAGUCCUUCCCGAUCGCCUGCGGCCUCCCCAGCAGUAUCCCCAUCACCGAGCUUUACCCUGAGACCUACUACUCCCCCCGAGAGCACCAUAACCUUUACGGAUGAUCUUAAGUGCGGCAUAUGUCUAGAUGUUUACACGGAUCCCAGGACCUUGUAUUGCUUGCACUCCUUCUGUCUGCAAUGCCUGGUCAGCGAGAAUUUUAAGGACGAGUCGUUCUGGGAUCAGGAUCAAGCCCGUAGCGAGGAUCCCUCCUGCUAUAGUCUAAAAUCGGAGAUGGGUGGAUCUAGUGCGGAACUUACGGCUACGGUUUCGCCCGCCAGGCAGCGGGGUGCUAGUUUCAGUCUAAGAAGAAAGAAGUCUUUGGAUCGCCUUGUAAUCAGGUCAAAGAGUGAGGGAAAGCGAUCGACAAGCUCCUUCGGAACCCGGCUCACGGGAAGCUUUGUAAGCGAAGUGCAUACUCGAUGCAUCCGCUGCCACAGAUGCAACUAUCCAACCGAGCUCCCAUUGGGUGGAGUGCGUCAGCUCCCACAGAAUUAUUUGUUGGUCAGACGCAUAGAGGUCUUGCGAUUACAGGCUGGGGAGGAUGUAAUCUCCAAGGUCUGGUGUUCUCUUUGCACCGAUGAAAUCAGUGCCACAUAUCACUGCAUAAGCUGUACCCUGAAUCUCUGCACUUUGUGCAAGGAGGCACACGAGAGGCAAAGGACCACUGCAAAUCACCGGAUGAGGAGCAUCCUAGAAUUAAGACGCGCCAGGAAACAAAAACAACAGCAACUGGGAUUGGGAGACAGUAGCAAACUAGUUCUUCGAUGUGGAAUCCAUACCAACUUCGAACUAAAGGCAUUCUGUACCCAAUGCCGCCAAUUGGCCUGUACCGAUUGUUUGGUGUUACUCCAUAAAGGUCAUCGGCAUGAGACUAUAGCCCGGGCGAUCGGUCAUCAGGGAAAACUCCUUAAAGAAGCUACGGAUCAAACUCGACCGCUAUGUCAAUAUGCGGAACACUCCAUUGAAAGGUUGAACGAGAUCGCACGUGGAAUAAACGCUAGAUGCGACGACAUCCAGAGUCAAGUAGAGCGGUAUAUGCAGAACUACAUCGAGGCCUUAGAAGUGCAUCGAAGGACCUUGAUUCAGCAAAUUAGUAGAGCUAGGGAGUCCAAAGUGGAGGUUGUACUCAAGCAGCAACUGGAACUGGAGAAACGAACACAGCAGGCUCUGGAUGCAGUAAGAUUCAGUCAAGAGCUGUGCGAGAUUGGUGCCGAUGUGGAGAUCUUGAGUUAUGCGGCUAUACUCCUCAGACGUUUGGAGUACUGUCAACAAUUUAAACCGCCGGUCGAUCCGAAGAUCUCCGAUUCGCUGCACUUCCUUCCUAAAAUCCGCGCUCCGUCGACAAAAGACCAGCGUGACAUUCCUCUAUAUGGAAUAAUUACCAUGCAGGUAGUGGAACCUGGUUUGUGCACCUUGGAGUGGGAGGGGUUUUCCCAGCUACGUCUCCACAAAAAGGCAGAUCUCCUGUUACACUCCAGAGAUGUCGAUGGAGUUUCCCUGUGCCACGGGGGAUUGGAGAUUAAUUGCAUGCUCAAGUACAAGGACUCGAGUUCCAAGUUCCUGCCUGUGGAGGUGUCGGACAAUCGGGAUGGCACCUACAACAUCUCAUUUACGCCAGAUGCCCAGGGCGCUCUUAUCCUCACAGUUACGAUCAACGAGCGGCCCAUCAAAGGCGGUCCUUUCACAUUUCAGGCUCGUCAGGUUCGUCCCCACACGGGCAUAUACCACUGCUGCUCCUUCUGCUCCGGAAAGGGCAACCGAAGUGUCAUGUGCUCGUGCGAAGGUCGAAUGCCUGGAUAUAGUGGCUGUGGUCAUGGACAUGCAGGACAUCCAGGGAGACGACAUUGGUCCUGCUGCGGUAAUGUGCUCGAGAACUCCGAAUGUAAUGUGGCCAACAAACUUCUAAAUACUUAAAAAUGUCUCUAAGUGUGGGACUAUUGUAAAAUCAGCCUUGUCCUCAACCUAAGCGUUGACCUUGCAACUUAAAAGAGGGCAAUAAAGAAAGGACUAUUUCUGCCAUAUGGCCAGCACAUGCACAUCAGAUCCCACCAUUCGUCCGGACCUUAAGUUUGAACCACUUGCAUAGGCUCCAUCUGAACAUAAGUUUUGUUUAUUCACGAAAAUGUUAAUCAUAAAUACAAGCAUGAAUCCUGGACAGAUAUAGAAAGGUUGUCCGAAGCUUCA